GCCCCUCCCACGCCCCCGUUCGGGGGCGUGGGAGGGGCCAGAACGCCGGUUACUCCGGGACUGGGCGUGAAGAACCGAGCACCGCUACCGGAGCUGGGAGACCCCGCGGUGACCCUCAUCCCAUCCCUGCUCCCCCAGCCACCCACGGACCAUGAACAUACUGGCUCCGGUCCGCCGGGACCGGGUCAUCACCGACCUGCCCACGUGUUUUCGGGAGGAGGCCGCCCUGCACACCCGCCCCGCCUUCCACCCCACGGUGGCCAGCGCCUGCCAGGAGCAUCGCACGGGCACCGUGGGGUUCAAGAUCUCCAAGAUCAUCGUGGUGGGCGACCUCUCGGUGGGGAAGACCUGCCUGAUCAACCGGUUUUGCAAGGACAUUUUUGAUAAGAACUACAAGGCGACCAUUGGGGUGGAUUUCGAGAUGGAGCGGUUUGAGGUGCUGGGGGUGCCCUUCAGCUUGCAGCUGUGGGACACGGCUGGCCAGGAGCGUUUCAAGUGCAUCGCCUCCACCUACUACCGGGGAGCACAGGCCAUCGUGAUUGUCUUCGAUAUCAACGACGUGGAGUCCCUGGAGCACACACGGCAGUGGCUGGAUGAUGCCCUGAAGGAGAAUGACCCAUCCAACGUGAUCCUCUUCUUGGUGGGCUCCAAGAAGGAUCUGAGCACCCCAGCAAAGUACAGCCUGAUGGAGAAGGAUGCUCUCAAGGUGGCCCAGGAGAUGCAGGCAGAGUACUGGGCUGUCUCCUCCCUCACUGGGGAGAACGUGCGGGAUUUCUUCUUCCGAGUGGCGGCGCUGACCUUUGAGAACAGCGUUCUGGCCGAGCUGGAGCGCGGCAGCAGCGCCCGCAGGAUCGGCGACACCGUGCGGAUCAGCAGCAAGGAGAGCGACCUGUACCUGUCAACGCCCCGCAGGAAACCCAAGUGCUGCCAGUGAGGGGACAGCCCCGGCCCCCUCUGUGCUCACAGCCCUGGACCAAAGAGGGGCCACCCCAGCCGGCCCCGAGGAGAUGUCCCUGCCACCCCCAGCCCCCCCAGCCCAUCGCCUGCCUGGGCACCCCUGGCUGGGGCAGGCAGGAGUGUGGCUCCUGUAGCUAUGCAAACCCAGGUACUGCUUGCAGGGGGAGAUGUCCUCAGGCUCCCUUUUGUCUUAAUAAAAUCUUUUUUAUGCUUUGUAAGAAA